UGGGAGGAAUCGCAUAUUUUGAAGGAACUUUCCGAUUACCCAGCACAGCAGAAGACAGUAAGGACAGUGCGCGCAUGAUGGAUUGCGCGAUUUGCUUCGAGCGAAUCAAUGUCGACCAAAAGCUACUGAGAUGUGGCCACCAGUUUCACGGGGGAUGUGUCGACCAGUGGUUCUGUCAGCAGAAGCGUGGCUCCUGUCCGCUCUGCCGGACACCGAUCACCCCUAGGCGACGGAAUGAUUCAUCUCUAGGGCGAACUAUGGAGGUAGACGACAGUGAGGAGGAAGCAUACGUGGAUAACUCCGAUGAGGAUCAAUACGAGGAGGAUCGCUAUGAGGAAGACGAUACAUACGAAGCUAUAUCUGACGAUGAGGUGGAGUAUAGCGACAUAAUAACGGAGGACGAUACUGCGUCGACUGUAGAGAUAGGCGCGUCAGCGACGGCAUCGGAUAACGUGGACGAAUCGAUGGACUUGGAAUCCAUUUCGAGCACAGAGUCCUUUUCGAACAAUGAGUCGCAGGAAGAAAGAGAUUCAGAUGAAACCGACGGGGAGGAGCGGGUGGCCGAUGGGCAAAGCUCUUAAGGAAUUUCUACCCCACCCCGGGCUGCUGUUUUCCGAAUUCAUGCGUAUGAAUGUUUGUGAUAAAUUUUUACAAGAUCUCCCCAC